AUGUUGCAAUUCGAUGGGAUGGAUCAAGCGAAGUGGUCAUUGCCAAGAUACCCCGAAAAUCGAGGAUCCAAGACCCUACAGCAGUAUGUGCGACCCCGCUUGAAGGUUGUGGGGGUUUGGGCUUCAAAAUACUUGCUGACCCUCUACCUCGUCGAUGCAAACAUUGCCCACGAUGCCUCACUUACAGUGGAGGUGUAUGAUCUCUCCCAAGCCUCGGCCGCACACAUGAGAACUGAGCUGCAAGAUGACUCCUUGAUGACCAUGAAAACCAAUUGCAGCAAGAUCUAUUCCGUCACACAGAACCGCCUCAUGAAUGUAGAGGAGAUUUUUUCCACUCUGUGUGUCCCGACGAAGACCCAAUUCGUGACAUGA